AUGAUGGAGGACGACGACGGCGGAAAGGAAGAUGAAGUGCCGGAGUUAGAGAUCGUUAAUCCCAAAACUCAGCCGCUUCCGCUUCCGCCGCCGUCAACUCUUCUCUCCGACGAUCAGAUGGACUGUCAAAAAUCCGUAACCGAUCAAGCUCUAGAGGAUGAGCUGCAGCGUAACAAAGCCUACCUUGUGAAACUUGGUCCCGGCUUACCCGACAAGGGCGAGAAAAUCCGUUUCAAAAUCGCCAGCCUCGAAGAGGAGAAGAGGCGCAGGGUCUCGAAAAUGGAUAUGGACAGAAGUACAAAGCUCAUGCAUGCGACAACCUCAGGUUCGGAUGUCUUUGCGCCAAGGAAUGCAACUUCGAAAGACACCUCUAGACCAGGGAAUACAGACUCAGAAGAAGUCUCACGGUCAACAUUUGCUUCCUUUUUUAGUAAACCCAAAACGGAUAAUCAGUCAAUGAAAGCAUUUGGUAAAGAACUAGAAGAUUUGGGAUGUGAAAGUAAGAAACACAAGGACGAUAAAAAGACUGUAACAAGGCCUAACAACAGGUGGGGGAUGUUGUCAAAGUUAGGGAACGCUGAGCACAGUGAAAAACAGUUUUAUUCGGGAUGUAAAGGGUUAAAAGGCAAUCAGAAAUCCAAGGAAAUUUAUGGGAAGAAAAAGUCUAAGAAAUCUUCCACUUAUUCUCUGGUUGAUGAGGAUGACAACAACUCCGUUGGCCAUGAAACGUCUAGGGAGUGGUCCUGGAAAGAAUCUCCAUCACAAAGUCCAAGGCGCCAUAAGAAAUCAGAUGAUACCGUGAUUAAUGUGGAUGAAGAAGAACCUCAGCCUUCAACGGUGGUGGAGCAAGCGGUUGAACUGCCUGAUGGCUUGCAGGAAGAUAUAUGCUACCCAUCAAGAAAUGAUCCAGACUUUGUUCAAGUGUGUCUUAAAGAUCUCGAGUGCCUUGCGCCUCAAGAAUUUCUAACAUCGCCGGUUAUGAAUUUCUACAUCAGGUUCUUGCAGCAGCAGGUAUCUUCAGCGACUCAAAUUUCUGCUGAUUGUCAUUUCUUUAAUACUUAUUUCUACAAGAAGCUCAGUGACGCUGUUACGUACAAGGGGAAUGACAAGGAUGCCUUUUUUGUCAAGUUCAGGCGGUGGUGGAAGGGUAUCGAUCUAUUCCGUAAGGCUUAUAUAUUUAUACCAAUACAUGAAGAUCUGCACUGGAGUCUAGUAAUAGUUUGCAUCCCUGAUAAGGAAGAUGAAUCGGGAUUGACUAUACUUCACCUGGAUUCAUUAGGACUUCAUUCGAAAAGAUCAAUUGUUGAAAAUGUCAAAAGGUUUCUAAAAGACGAAUGGAACUAUUUGAAACAAGAUGAUUAUUCCCUGGAUUUACCAGUCUCAGAAAAAAUAUGGAGAAACCUCCCUCGUAGGAUUAGCGAAGCUGAUAUACAGGUUCCGCAACAGAAGAAUGAUUUCGACUGUGGUCCAUUUGUUCUCUUCUUCAUUAAACGGUUCAUCGAAGAGGCACCUCAAAGGCUGAAAAGGAAAGACCUUGGAAUGUUCGAUAAGAAAUGGUUUAGACCGGAUGAAGCCUCUGCUCUGAGGAUCAAAAUUCGAAACACGCUCAUUGAUUUAUUCCGUGUGGGUAACCAGACAGAUAGCCACAAUGAUCAGACAGACCAAACCUGUAUAGAACAAAAGUCAUCUGAUGACAAUGCUGCAUCCAAAUCAAGACAUUGCUCAAUGCUCUAA